CACAUUUCUCUACACAUUUUUCUUAUCAGUGCAAUGGGAAUGAAUGCAAUUAAAAAUUAUCAACAAAAUUAAAAAAUAUUUGUAAAAAUUUAAAAUCAAGGGAUAUGAACGGCCUGAUCGUCUUCAACAGCGCAAAUGAUGUCGUUUUCCAGCAGCUUAACACAGCACUUGCUGAGCACUUCUUCGCUAAAAACGCUGACCUCUUUCCCGAAAAUGCAACUGCAGCCUCCAUUGAUGGGAAUAUCAUCUUGCAAAUUUUCAGCCCCAUCAUCAAUUCUCAACGUAUAAUGCAUUGCCAAUUCGACAAUACAUAUUCAAGUUUCCAGUGUGACAAUGGACUUAAUUUGGCAUUCGGUGAUUUGCUCGGAUACUCGUUUGUAAAAAUAGGUCAACGUCCAGUAGACACACUCAAGCGUCACCUUGGAGCAGCUAUUGCACUUGCACGUCAUUUUUACGGUGCAAAUUUAUUUGCCACACAAGCGAGCAGCGUACAAGAAGAGCUGCUUUCCACUUGCUUCGAAAGUUAUGAAGAGCAUCUGUGGGAUGAGGAGCAAACUAUGUUGCUGGAAGCGUUGCCACAAUUGCUUAUCAACAAUGAACUGAAGCGUGUGGUGAACACUGCCCUCGAUGGUGCAUUGGAACAUCUGCGCGAUUUGGGCCAUAACCGUACACAUGCUUUGCUUUUCGCAUCACACAAAUUUGUCGCUUCUACUUCGUCGAAGCAAGCCCUCGCUUUGAGUCCAUGCGAUUUGGUAUUUUUGUCGUUGCUUGCGCGUUCUCUUCAACGUGAUCGGCGACCACUCAACCGUUCCGUGGCCGUGUUUUUGCAGGGCGCAUCACAUGAUCCCCAUUCUGGAUGUGUGCCCUGUAUUGCGCAUCUGUCGCAACUUGCCAAAGGUAUCUUAUUGGUCCAGGUGAUCGAAUACGCUAAUCUACAAGUAGCAAGCAGUAUGUACGAUACGUUCUUCGUACUCCAGAAGAUAAUAACGUUGCAAGUACAAGGUGACUCGGAUGCAAUGAGGCCCACUUAUGAAAGCUUAGAAUCAUUUGUUAAGCAAACAUUGGAUGCACUUAAACGUUCCAAGUUAAAAGGUGAUGAAUUGGAUACGUCACUGAAAAAGUUUGUUACUAAAUGGGAAAACUUAAAGAAAAUGUACGGAGAUUUUUUCCGUUCGGUGGAGCGAGAGCUGUUAGUGAGGAUUGAGUCCAAUGUGCCAGCAUUCAUGGAUGAAUUAAAACAGUUGUUUACUUUAACUUGCUGCGACAGUUCGUCAAUAGCUUUGGAUCAGUUGCCAGAGGUGGCAUCCUUAGUUGAAGGAAAGAUGCUGGAGAUUACAGAAUUUUUAGCUGUUAAGGCAGAACGCAAUAUAUCAAUUGAAGCCUAUUUGGAAGACUUUCCUGGACUCAUCCAUUUUGCAUAUGUUAAUCGCACAACUGGUCUCAUGAUUGCGCCCGAUUUGCUCGCUAAUCAGUUGUCUUCUAAAGAGCGUUUAUGGUCGAUGGUUGAACUCUCCCGUAACUACUUAAAGAAAGGCCACUCUACUGUUAUGUGGAAAGAUAAAGUAUUUAAUUACUCAUAUUUUCUUUGGUUUGAAGAUCAAUCGGGUGGUCAUAUGAAACUAGUCGACUUGCAGCAAUAUAUCGUCGCUUCGGCAUCGUCAAGUAAUUCAUUUAAACCUCAGUUCGAACCAGGUUUGCUUGCUGCAGACUACUACCAACAACUUGCUGAAGUGUGCUUUCCAAAGUCUGUUCCAGGUAAAAUUAAAUGCUACGAACUCUUCUGUAUUCACUUGGGUUUAGUUACGGCAACUUGUGCUGUGGAGCAUUCACGACGUCUUGUGGCCACCAUAGCCGACGUAGUAGGCGAUAAUAAUUAAUCAAUUUCCUUUCAUUCUAGUUUAUCGAGAUUCAGCAAUGCAUUCCAAAGAUAUUCAUUUGGCAUAUUUUUACAAAACUGUUUAUUUGUAUUUUAUUUGUAAAACUCUUCAUAUCUUUAACUUAGAUUUAACAUUUAAUAUUUAACACGAGCAUUGCGGAACAACGCAUGCGCUUAGUUAAAAAUAAAUCAGGCAUUCAAUUAAAAGCGU